AUGGAACAAGAAAAGACAAUAGACAAGCAGAGUCGGAUGUCAAGUCAAAUUGAGCCGACAGAAGUGAUUGAUUGCGAGUUGUUUGAUCAGGAUCGACAAGAUGCUCCGAAAUUGGAAAUCCAGGAAGCUGCCAUGUCUUGGCAACUCAAGGCUGUCAUUUUGGUUACCAUGCUGACUAUGCCAGUCGGAUGUCAUUACAUGGAAGCAACACUGAGUACAUUAAAAACCACCUUAAAGAAGACCAUGGAAAUCAACAAUACACAGUUCAGUAUCCUCAUGUCCUCGGUGACACUUGUCAAUACAGUGCUGCCCUUUUUCGCUGGUGCAUUUUCAGAUGACCUCUCUUCAUCAAUUGGCACCAUCAGAGGCACAUUGGGCAUCAACACGAUUAUCUUUAUCGGCACUUUGAUGGUGACGAUGGGAGCCAACUACAAUACCUACCCCAUCAUGUUGGCAGGUCAGGUCAUCUACGGUUUGGGCGAAGGCAUCAUUGUCACUUUUCAGGAGGCUAUUCUAUCGCGCUGGUUCCGUGAUAAGCAACUAGCCAUCAUAGUGGGUUCCAUGCUGUCCAUGGCCAGACUGACAAAGUUUGUAGCUAAACUGAUUUGUUAUCCGCUGGUGGAUCUAGCAGGUACUUUCACCAGACCCAUCACGGUUGCUAUGAUACUGUGUGGGCUAUCCUUGCUGGCCAAUUUGAUGUAUUGGGCGGCCAUGUACAAGAGUGGAUUUGCAACACUCUCUGGUAGAGAAAUCAGCCAGGCUGGAUCCAGCCCUGCAGUGAUAUACGAUGCCAAUGGGAACAAGCAGCAUGAUACGAGUACGAGCAGCAACAGACGGUUUCGAUUUAGAUACAGUAUUUUGCUGCAUCUGCAAGGCAUUUUUUGGAUGGUCCCAUGGCUGCAAAUCACCAUGUCAAGUGUUCUCAGUAGUUUUGACGAUGUUGCAACUGAAUUCACACAGUUUCGAUACUCUACAACCAGUGUGAUGGCAGGUUACCAGAGCAGUCUAACCCAAGUUGUACCCAUUGUGGCUGCACCUUUAUUAGGCAUCUAUGUGCAUCGAUAUGGCAAACAUUUGUACAUAUUGGGCACAGGGACAGUGGUUCUCAUCAUCAGUGUCAUAUUGCUCGCUUAUACCUGGGCUCCGCCUGCAGCAGGCAUGAUCCUGAUAUCGUUUGCUCUCUCUCUGGGUCCAGUGGCCCUGCUCACCACCACAUCGCUCUUGAUGCCAUAUGAACUCGUUGGCGUAGGCGUGGGGCUUCACAAGUGUGCAAACAACAUUGGCACUACGAUCUUGUCGGUUGUUGUAGGCUACGUCCAGGAUUUAACCUUCCACGAUGGCGACACCUCGGAUGAUCAUGUGGACCUGCAGCAUGAAUAUGACUAUGUGAUGAUACUCUACUUGUUUGUGAGCUGUGUUGCCUUGCUAUUAGCUUUCCUAUUCUGGUUCUGGGAUAGACAGUUCCUGGGCAGCUGGCUCCAGAUCAACCGCAAGCAGCGACAAGAAAGACUAGACACAGCCAAGGCAAUGUCAAUGCACCACUAUAUCUAUGAAAAUCAACAGGAAGGACACUACAAACAGCAAACUGCAUUAAAGCUGAUAGGAAGUCAGCUUAAAACCAAGCACUCGUACAUUCAUGUCGGCUUCUUCUUGUUCUGGCUGUUGAUUGCUUGGGUGGUUUUCUUUACAUUUGCACUGAUGCCCGUAUACCAAAGCUACUCAUUAUAA